CGCUAACUCGAUGAGAUAAUGAAUCUCAAAUACAUCUUUUUGCUUGAGUCUUGAAUCAACUUACUUCUUCAUUUAUCAUUAGUUCCUAAUCGACUUCUCCGAUAGAGCACCAAACUUGUACACGUACUCCGUUUGCACUUCGUUUGUUAUUUGCUCGAAGUCUUUCUAUUUCCCGAGUCUCUAUGUAUUUCAAGAAGAGUUCAAGAUUUCCAAACAAUUAAGUGAACACUUCAUAGUAGGUACAGAAUAUCAUGAUGCCAUUUGUUUAAAUAUAAACAUUGGUCUUCGGCAUUUAUGUACAAAUUUGGUUCAUCUCUACCCGUCGACGACGAUCAAUCUUGGGGUCUGGGGAUUUCUCCAAUUGCCCCUCAAUUUUUCCGUCUAUGAACGCCGAGUAUCCAAGCUAAGGUAGGUCGGGGUAAAUAGCUUGAGCUUAACAAAAACAUUGUAGGUGAAAAUACAAUAACUAUCUUGUCUCUUACUCCUCAUCCUUUUCCCUUAUAUUUGGUAUUUCUGAAUUUAAGCAGAUUUACCCCCUUUUUGGAUAUUUUGUAUUUGCAGGUUGGAACAUCGUCAAAAUGGCAGCAGAAGCGAUCAAGUCCGUCGUUGUCCCGACGAGUUCCCCCUCUCCACUAAACGUGCUGAUGGUUGGCACGGGUGAAUACACUACCGGCUUUGUUGGAGGCGGUGCUUCCGGGUCGGAUAAGAAGGUGGGAGUCGUUGGUCUCUCUCUCUUCGAUCUUCGGAGAAGAGGAAAGGUGAGUAAGUUGGGUAUGGUUGGCACAAAUGGAACUAAGUUCCCGGCAAUCAGGCAACAUCUUGAUACCAACAUCUCCAAGUUUUACAAUGGCUUGGACUGCUCCUUCGAUUCCUACCCGGCAAACGAUGUGAAGGACCCCGACGCAUAUAAAUCCGCCAUCGACGCCUUAAAACCAGGUGACGCUAUCACUAUCUUCACUCCGGACACGACCCAUUACCCAAUAGCUCUAUAUGCAAUUGAGCGUGGGAUUCAUGUUUUGAUCACCAAACCUGCUGUAAAAACUCUUGAACACCAUCAAUCACUUAUCGAAGCUGCCAAAAAGCACAAUGUUUACGUCUACAUCGAGCAUCACAAGCGUUUUGACCCUGCGUACUCUGAUGCCAAGUUCAAGGCCCAGAAACUGGGUGAUUUCAACUACUUCUAUAGCUACAUGUCCCAGCCAAAGUCGCAGCUGGAGACCUUCAAAGCGUGGGCUGGUGUCGACUCCGAUAUCUCGUACUACCUGAACAGCCACCACGUUGACAUUUGUGACUCUAUGGUCUCACAACUAGGUUUCGUCCCUGUUAAGGUCUCGGCUUCGGCGGCGAAAGGCAUUGCCACUACACUAGGCUGCGACGAGGCGACAGAAGAUACUAUCACAGUAAUGGUCACUUGGCAGAAGCAAGAUGACCCAAGUAAAAUCGCUACAGGCGUAUACACAGCAUCGUGGACGGCUCCGCAAAAGGCCGGUGUGCAUUCUAACCAAUACUUCCACUAUAUGGCCUCUGGGGGUGAAGUCCGUAUAAACCAGGCUAAGCGUGGGUAUGAUGUUGCGGAGGAUACAGCAGGCCAACUCGUGUGGUACAACCCAUUCUACAUGAGAUAUGCGCCGGAUGAAGAGGGCAACUUCAAUGGCCAAACCGGCUACGGUUAUAUCUCCUUCGAAAAGUUCGUUGACGGAUGCCGAGCCGUCAACUCGGGGGCACUGAAGCCGGCCGAUCUUGAUGCGAGAGGUCUUCCCACGCUAAACAACACGAUAGCGACGACAGCCAUUCUCGAGGCCGGCCGAAGAAGCAUAGACGAAAACAGGGAGAUUAAAAUCGAAAUCAAGGAUGGAUUCUGGAAGCUAGUGUAGAUUAUCAAUCGUCCCAUGCAGUUCGUAGCUGAAUUAG